AUGGCGCCCAAGAACAAGGAGGCAAAGCGGAAUACUGUCGAGGAAUCCUUUUAUGCUUCACCUCUAUAUGAUUUUCUCUACCCAUUUAGACCUGCUGGGAGCCAGUGGCUAACUGAGUAUGUGAUCGUUCUCUUCGCCUUAAUAAUAGGCUGCGCCGUUGGCCAUGGAUCAUAUUCAGGGCAGUUUAGUCCACCAAUGUUUGGUGAUUUUGAGGCUCAAAGGCAUUGGAUGGAAAUAACUCAACAUUUGGCACCUUCUCAAUGGUAUUGGUUUGACUUGGAAUAUUGGGGUUUAGACUAUCCUCCUCUAACCGCCUACCAUUCGUAUGUCCUUGGUAAGAUUGGUUCCUUCAUAAAGCCUGAGUGGUUUGAGCUUAAUGAAUCCAGAGGAAUCGAAACCCCAGAUUUGAAGACGUUCAUGAGAUUCACUGUUUUACUUAGCGAAGGUUUGUUCUACAUACCUGCUGUGGUUUAUUUUACUAAAUGGUUGGGAAAGCAUAGACAAAAAUCACCAAUUGGGCAAUUCAUUAGCGCAGCAGCCAUAUUGUUCCAGCCAUCAUUGAUGCUAAUAGAUCAUGGACACUUCCAGUAUAAUUGCGUUAUGCUCGGAUUGACUGUUUACGCGAUUAAUAGUCUCUUCGAGGAAUUUUAUGCUGUUGCCGCCAUCUGCUUUGUUCUAUCCAUCUGUUUCAAGCAAAUGGCACUUUACUAUGCACCUAUCUUCUUCGCUUAUUUAUUGAGCAAGUCUCUAUUUUCUCCAAGAUUUAAUUUCCCCAGGUUGUUUGCCAUUGCCGUUGCUACUGUGUUAUCUUUUGCAGCAAUGUAUGCUCCUCUCUACAUAUUCGGCGGCGGAUUGGCAAACGUUAUACAGUCUGUUCACCGCAUCUUCCCAUUUGCAAGAGGGAUCUUCGAGGACAAGGUUGCCAACUUUUGGUGCGUUACUAACGUAUUCUUCAAGUACAAAAAUAUCUUCCCCCAAGAGCAGCUACAAUUAUACUCAUUGAUCGCAACCAUGCUCGGUUUCCUACCGGCAGUUAUUGUGAUCUUCCUGUACCCAAAGAAGCACAUUAUAUGUUACGCGCUGGCUACAUGCUCAAUGUCGUUUUAUCUUUUCAGCUUUCAAGUCCACGAGAAAACAAUUUUGGUACCGCUUUUGCCAAUCACACUUCUUUACACAUCUUCCAACUGGGAUGUACUCUCCAUGGCAAACUGGAUCAACAACGUUGGUUUAUUCACUUUGUAUCCUCUUUUAAAGAAAGAUGGUCUCACAUUGCAAUACUUCGUCUGCUUCACUCUAAGUAACUGGUUGCUUGGAAAUUUUAGUUUCGUGACCCCCAAGUUCUUGCCUAAAUUUCUGACACCUGGUCCUUCAGUUAGCAGUGUUGACAUUAACUACAGACGUAGGAGCUUUUUACCAAGUAAUGUUAUUUGGAAAAUCAUCAUAGUGAGCUCCUAUACGGCAAUGGGUGUCCUGCAUGUCGUUGAUUUUGUUAUGGGACCUCCAGUAAGUUAUCCAGAUCUUUGGGUACUACUGAAUUGCGCUUUAGGAUUUGGUUGUUUUACAUUGUUUUGGCUUUGGAGCUACUACAUGUUAUUUACCAUGCCGCGCAAAACGUUGCAACAACUUUAA